AAUGACACACCACAUACGCAGAACCGAAAACACAAAGACCUUAAGUCGCCAGAUCCGUAGUUACGGUAUGCAGUAGACCAGAGACCUCCCGACAACACGGACGUUCUGAGUUUGCUGUAAAGCACUUGUUGAAUCGAAUCGGAAACAUGAAGACUGCAGCCGUGUUGGUGUGCCUGGCACUUCUUUUGGCCAUCGCAUACUCCGCUCCCGUGGACAAUCCCGGAGUCCAGAAAAGGUCGAUCGAGAAAGCAGCCAAGGCUCAUCCCCACGCGGCCGGGGAGAAGGCCCUGCAUGAGCUGGAGUCCCUUGAAAAGAGAGUGAAGGCAAACCACCAGCUGGUCAAUGAUCCUGGGUUUCGUGAGCAGGCUAAAAAGGCUCUAGGUCUGGUCAAAAAAAGAGCCAGCAACAUGGAUGCUUCACAGAGAAAGAAAGGUUCGUCCUGCACAAUCAUAUUUGUAGACAAUGAGUCAGGUCUUACUCGGGGCCUUCAGUAGGUCUUUCUCCUUUCA